AUGGGCACCAGGGUGCGCACCGCUGCCAUCUGGGUCCCACCCCUGCAGGAUGGCGACAGUUCAGGCAAUAGGGUCCGAAAGCGCAAAGGUCAGGCUCCCAUUGUGGGUCUGGGGACCCCUGACCAGAGGCCUCUCCCUGGAGGACCCCAGCAGAGGCACAAGAGCCACAGGACAGAGCAGACCCUCGAGUGGCGGUUUAUUUCCCAGGAACAGCGGGAAACCACAGAGUUCCAGAGGCCGCUGUCGUUCCUGGACGUGUGUGUGCACUUUACCUGGGAAGAGAUGCAGCUGCUGGACCCCGCGCAGAAGCACCUGCACAGGAGUGUGAUGUUGGAGAAUUACAGCAACCUGGUGUCUGUGGGGUAUCAACACACCAAACCUGACAUCAUCCUCCAGUUGGAACAAGAAGAGCUGCGUGUGGUGCAGGACCGAAUUCUAAGCCACAGCCAUCCAGACAAAGUAUGGGAGUUUGAUAAUCACAUGGAAUGGUAUCAGGAAAAUCAAGGCAAGCUGGGAAAUAUGGCAAAAUACUAUGACUGUACUGCCUUUGGGAAACUAUGUCUUCUUACUACAAAUUGUGGUUUUUUAAGACAAAAUCUUUAUAAAUUUGGCACACAUGGGAAGAGUUUGAAAUAUAAUAUAGACUUCAGUAUUAAUUAUGCUGGAAAGAAUCCUAAUGGGUUUUAUGCACAAAGGGAAUCAACCCUCCAUUCUGAACAUGAACAGACUCUUCUUGGAAUAAAAUACUGUGAAAGUAAUGAACCUGGAAAAUUUGUCAACAAAAAGUCACAACUCAUGUGCCCACAAAUCUAUGUGGAAGGUAAAUCCUUUGAAUUCAGUUACUGUGGGAAGGUCUUCAGUAGCAAGUCAUACCUUGUAGUGCAUCAGCAAACUCAUGCAGAGGAGAGGGCUUACAAGGGUGAUGUAUGUGAGAAAGACUUCAGCAGUAAGUCCUACCUCAUUCAAUAUCAGCAAAAUCAUACAGGAGAGAAAUCACAUGAAUGUAAUGAAUGUGGGAAAACUUUCCGGUUCAAUUCACAAUUUGCUAUACAUCAGAGAGUUCACACAGGUGAGAAUCAUCAUGAAUGCUGUGCAUGUGGAAACGUCUUCAGUAGGAAAGACCAGCUUGUUUCACACCAGAGAACUCAUUCAGCACAGAAACCUUAUGGUUGUAAUGACUGUGGGAAAGCUUUUGGGUUGAACUCACAGCUCAUUAUACACCAAAGAAUUCAUACAGGAGAGAAACCCUAUGAAUGCAGUGAAUGUCAGAAAGCCUUUCAUACAAAGUCAAACCUUCCGGUACAUCAGAGAACCCAUACAGGGGAGAAACCUUAUGGUUGUAGUGAGUGUGGGAAAGCCUUUACUUUCAAAUCACAGCUCAUUGUCCAUCAGGGGCUUCACACAGGAGUAAAGCCCCAUGGGUGCAUUCAGGGUGGGAAAGCUUUCAGCUUGAAGUCACAGCUUAUUGUACAUCAGAGAAGUCACACAGUAAUUAAACCUUAUGUGUGCAAUGAAUGUGACAAAGCUUUUAGGAGCAAGUCAUACCUCAUUAUACAUAUGAAGUCUCAUACAGGAGAGAAACGUCAUGAAUGCAGUGAAUGUGGGAAAUCCUUCAGUUUCAAUUCACAACUCAUUAUACAUCAGAGGAUCCACACAGGAGAGAGCCUGUGUGAAUGCCACAAAUGUGGGAAAGUUUUUAAUCGUAAGUAUCAGCUCAUUUCACACCGUAGAACUCAUGCAGGGGAGAAGCCUUAUGAAUGCAACUGUGGAAAAACUUUUGGUUUGAAGUCACAGCUCAUUAUACAUCAAAGAAUUCAUACAGGAGAGAAUCCCUUUGAAUGCAGUGACUGUCUGAAGGCCUUUAAUACAAAGUCAAACCUUAUUGUACAUCAGAGAACCCAUACAGGGUAGAAGCCCUAUGGUUGUAGUGAAUGUGGGAAAAUCUUUACUUUCAAGUCACAACUUACUGUACAUCAGGGAACACACACUGGGGUAAAACCAUAUGGAUGUAACCAGUGUGGGAAAGCCUUUAGUUUGAAGUCACAACUCAUUGUACACAAGAGAAGUCACACAGAUGUGAAACCCUAUGGAUGCAGUGAAUGUGGUAAAGCUUUCAAGAGUAAGUCAUACCUCAUUAUACAUAUGAGGACUCAUACAGUAGAGAAACUACAUGACUGCAAUGAAUGUGGGAAAUCCUUCAGUUUCAAUUCACAACUCAUUGUACACCAGAGAAUUCACACAGGAGAAAAUUUGUAUUAAUGCAGUGAAUGUAGGAAAGCUUUUAAUAGGAAAGAUCAGCUCAUUUCACAUCUGAGAAAUCAUGCAGGAAAAAAACCUUAUGGGUGCAGUGAAUGUGGGAAGACCUUUAGUAGCAAGUCAUACCUCAUUAUACACAUGAGAACUCAUUUGGGAGAAAAACCAUAUCAAUGUACUAAAUAUGGAAAAGCCUUCAUUUGGAAGUCACUACUCAUUGUGCAUGAAUGAGCCCAUGCAGGGGAAGAUCUUUGUAAAUGCAGUCAGUGUGAGAAAUCCUUCAGUGGAAAGUUACGACUCAUUGUACAUCAAAGAAUGCAUGCAAAAGAGAAACCCUAUGAAUGCAGUGAAGUGAAAAAGGCAUUCAUUAGGAAAUCCCAGCUCAUUGUACAUCACAGAACUCACUCAGGAGAGAAACCCUAUGGAUGUAAUGAUUGUGGAAAAACUUUCUCUCAGAAAUCAAUUCUCAGUGCACAUCAGAGGACUCAUACAGGAGAGAAACCCUGUAAAUGCACUGAAUGUGGGAAAGCCUUUUGUUAGAAGUCACAACUGAUUAUGCAUCAGAGAAUUCAUGCAGGUGAGAGAGAAAAAUUGAUGAAUUAAAAGUGAGAAACUUUCAAAAGUCUAUUCAAAUCGAAGAGAAACUAUAAAUGAAAUCAUCCCAUGCACCGCAAAACUUAUACUGAAUGGAAACUUUAUGAAGGCACAGCAUGUGG